UCCAGACAACCAGGAGCUGCUUCGGGGGCUCUGGGCCCCUGGGUGCUAACAUGGCCAAAGAAAAUGCUGCAUUUUCCACCAUCCCCGAGACCCCCGUGUCCGAGUCGAAGCCGCCUCUCUCUUCCCACCCGGUCAAACCGGCUGCCCUGCGACGCCUCGGCGUAGAGCCGGAGAAGCCGGAGAAGAAGAAGGGGCGGCAGCGGUACGUGGAGAAAGACGGCAAGUGUAACGUGCAGCACGGCAACGUGCGCGAGACCUAUCGCUACCUGACCGACAUCUUCACCACGCUGGUCGACCUGAAGUGGCGCUUCAGCCUGCUGGUCUUCAUCCUGGCCUACGCCAUCACCUGGCUCUUCUUUGGCCUCAUCUGGUGGUUCAUCGCCUACUGCCGGGGGGACCUGGACCACCUGGGGGAGGAGGAGUGGACGCCUUGCGUCAAGAACCUGAAUGGCUUUGUCUCCGCCUUCCUCUUCUCCAUCGAGACGGAGACGACCAUCGGCUACGGCCACCGGGUCAUUACGGACCAGUGUCCCGAGGGCAUCAUCCUGCUCCUCUUGCAGGCCAUCCUGGGCUCCAUGGUCAACGCCUUCAUGGUGGGCUGCAUGUUUGUCAAGAUCUCGCAGCCCAACAAGCGAGCGGAGACGCUGGUCUUCUCCACGCACGCCGUGAUCUCCCUGCGCGACGACCGCCUGUGCCUCAUGUUCCGGGUGGGUGACCUGCGCAACUCCCACAUCGUGGAGGCCUCCAUCCGGACCAAGCUCAUCAAGUCCAAGCAGACCCACGAGGGGGAGUUCAUCCCCCUCAACCAGACGGACAUCAACGUGGGCUUCGAGACGGGCGACGACCGGCUCUUCCUGGUGUCUCCCCUCAUCAUCAGCCACGAGAUCAAUGAGCACAGCCCCUUCUGGGAGAUCUCCCGAGAGCAGCUCAAGAAGGACGACUUCGAGAUCGUGGUCAUCUUGGAAGGGAUGGUGGAGGCCACAGGGAUGACGUGCCAAGCCCGGAGCUCCUACCUGGCGGACGAGGUGCUCUGGGGCCACCGUUUCAUGUCCGUCCUCAGCCUGGAGGACGGCUUCUACGAGGUGGACUACAACAGCUUCCACCAGACCUUCGAAGUGCCCACCCCCAACUGCAGCGCCCGGGAACUGGCCGGAGCUGCGCUGCCACCCGGCGAUGGGCAGCUUCUCCACCUGUACUGGUCCGCAUCCCCAGCCCGGCUGGGCAGAGAAUUGCUGUGGGAGGAGGUCGAAUUGAGACAAGGCGGAAGAAGGCAGCAAGGAGCGGAACGGGAACCUGGCCAGCCUGGAAAGCGAGUCGAAGGUUUAACAGGGCCGCGAUGCGAUGGGUGGACCACGGCAGCAGCGGCAGCGGCAGCCCUCGCGGAGGAAAGGGGGCCGUUCCAGGAGAGUUGGCCGACGAUCAGCCUCAGGGCUUCUUUGCGCCAGCGGCAAACGUGCCCGCCGGGGCUGAGGCGGAGCAGCAGGGAUUUCUCGUAGGGAGGUGGGACGUAUUCCCAGCCACGCAUGUAUCUAUAUCUGUACAGACAGGUGUUUCAGUGGCAGCCCCGUGGGCUGGCCAGAUCCCAUCCACGGGGAGAAAAGGAGACCCAAACAGUCCUGGCCAGAGAGGCUGCGUCGAGAGUUCAAGCCGGGAGACGUCCACCACACCCCACGCCCCCCCAUCUUGGCCAAGCUCUUUCUGGUUUUCUGUCGUUUGGGGAGAUGUGGGGGAGGGGAGGAGGAGUGGGUCUGAGGGUACACCACAGGCCCCAAUCCCAGGCAGGCAGCUGUGGCAGGCGCUCGAACUCCCCUUCCCCCUGGCAACACUGCUGUGGAGCCCGACCCCCGCCUCACCGGAGCACUGGCGGUUCUGUCCCGUUCUUGCCGCCACCUGAGCCCUCCAGCGUCCCUCAGCUCCCCACCCCCCCUUCCAGCCUGCCGGCUUUGGGCACAGGAUGGGGCCUGAGCUGGCCUGAAUGCCCCCUGCCCUCCCCCCCAUCCCAGCCACUCUUUUGUGGCCUGGAGCAGCCUCCCUGCCUGCAGAUUUCCACCCUCUGCAUGUCUCACGGAAGGCCUGAUCCAGUCAUGAUUGCGCUCAGCAGCAGUAAGGGACAGAGAGACCAGGGAGCCCGGCAAGAGGCUGCGCGCCUCGUCCCGUUUCUUCAGUGCCCGGACGGACCUUUGCACACCCCCUGCCCCCUCCCCCUGAAUAAAGAGGUUUUUGCAGGCUGA